CUCCAGGAUUUCUCUCUUCCUAUUUCAGAAGGACUCUCACAGGCUCCCUCAGUCUGUGUGAAGCUGAGGUUUCCUCCGGAUCCCGUAUAUCCCCAACACAUACCUCCACGCACACACAGCCCCAAGAACCCCGCGCUCACACCAACAUAUACACGCGCGCACACACUCGCGCUCGCCUGUCCACCUCCCUCCCGGGAGAGCCGGCGCGCGUUCCCACCUUCGCGGCGCACUCUAGCCAGCAGAGCUCGCAGCGCUCUAGGAUUCUGCGGCUCGGGACUCGGAUCGCAGCUCUGAACCCCCAUGGUCAUUUUUUAAACAUUUUUUCCUUCUCCUCUUCUUCAUUUUUUAUUGCACCGUUUUCGAUUUGAGGGGAUAGCGAAGCAAGGCGGCUGCUUCCCCAGCCAUCCCUGGUUGGCUUUCCAUCCUCCAUCUGGCUUAUAAAAGUUUGCUGAGUGCAGUCCAGAGGGCUGCGCUGCUGGUCCCCUCGGCUGGCGGAAGGGGGUGACUCUGGGCAGCGGCAAGGAGCGCGCCGCUGGCUCUGGCGGGCUUUCGGCUUGAGGGGCAAGGUGAAGAGCGCACGGGCCCUGGGGUUUACCGAGCUGGAUUUGCAUGUUGCACCAUGCCUUCUUGGAUCGGGGCUGUGAUUCUUCCCCUUUCGGGGCUGCUGCUAUCCCUCCCGGUCCGGGCGGAUGUGAAAGCUCGGAGCUGCGGCGAGGUCCGGCAGGCGUACGGUGCCAAGGGAUUCAGCCUGGCGGACAUCCCCUACCAGGAGAUCGCAGGGGAACACUUAAGAAUCUGUCCUCAGGAAUAUACGUGCUGCACCACAGAAAUGGAAGACAAGCUGAGCCAACAGAGCAAACUAGAAUUUGAGAACCUCGUGGAAGAGACCAGCCAUUUUGUGCGGACCACUUUUGUGUCCAGGCACAAGAAGUUUGAUGAAUUUUUCCGAGAACUUCUAGAAAAUGCAGAGAAGUCCCUCAAUGACAUGUUUGUCCGGACCUAUGGGAUGCUAUACAUGCAGAAUUCGGAAGUGUUCCAGGACCUCUUCACAGAGCUGAAGAGAUAUUACACUGGGGGCAACGUGAACCUUGAGGAGAUGCUGAAUGACUUCUGGGCUCGGCUCCUAGAACGAAUGUUCCAGCUGAUAAACCCUCAGUAUCACUUCAGUGAGGACUACCUGGAGUGCGUGAGCAAAUACACAGACCAGCUGAAGCCAUUUGGAGAUGUGCCCCGGAAGCUGAAGAUCCAGGUCACCCGUGCCUUCAUUGCUGCUCGCACCUUUGUCCAGGGGCUGACCGUGGGCAGAGAGGUUGCAAACCGGGUUUCCAAGGUCAGCCCCACCCCCGGGUGCAUCCGUGCCCUCAUGAAGAUGCUGUACUGCCCAUACUGUCGAGGCCUUCCGGCUGUGAGACCGUGCAACAACUACUGCCUCAAUGUCAUGAAAGGCUGCCUGGCGAAUCAGGCCGAUCUGGACACGGAGUGGAAUCUGUUUAUAGAUGCAAUGCUCUUGGUGGCAGAGCGACUAGAAGGGCCUUUCAACAUUGAGUCCGUCAUGGACCCCAUAGAUGUCAAGAUUUCUGAAGCCAUUAUGAACAUGCAGGAGAACAGCAUGCAGGUGUCUGCAAAGGUCUUUCAGGGAUGUGGCCAACCCAAACCUGCUCCGGCUCUCAGAUCUGCCCGAUCGGCUCCUGAAAACUUUAAUACACGUUUUAGGCCCUACAAUCCCGAGGAAAGACCCACUACUGCUGCAGGCACAAGUUUGGACCGGCUGGUCACAGACAUAAAAGAGAAAUUGAAGCUCUCUAAAAAGGUCUGGUCGGCUUUACCCUACGCCAUCUGCAAGGACGAGCGCGUGACAGCGGGCACUUCCAACGAGGAGGAGUGCUGGAAUGGCCACAGCAAAGCCAGAUACUUGCCUGAGAUCAUGAAUGAUGGGUUGACCAACCAGAUCAAUAACCCUGAGGUGGAUGUGGACAUCACACGGCCAGACACCUUCAUCAGACAGCAGAUCAUGGCUCUGCGCGUGAUGACCAACAAAUUGAAGAAUGCCUACAAUGGCAAUGACGUCAACUUCCAGGACACCAGUGAUGAAUCCAGCGGCUCAGGGAGUGGCAGUGGGUGCAUGGAUGAUGUGUGUCCCACAGAGUUUGAGUUUGUCACCACGGAGGCCCCUGCAGUUGACCCCGACAGGAGAGAAGAGGACUCUUCUGCUGCCGGGCUUGGCCACUCCCUGCUCUCAUGGUCCCUGGUCUGCAUGGUGUUGGCACUGCAGAGACUCUGCAGAUAAUCCUGGGUUUUGGUCAGAUGAAACUGCAUUUUAGCUAUCUGAGUGGCCAACUCCCUUCCUUUCUUACACUCUUGGACAAUGGACUAUACCACAAAAACUUACCGUUUUCUAUGAGAAGAGAGCAGUACUGAGAUCUGCCUCCCUUUUUGUUUUCCCAAAGAGUACCGGGUGCCAGAUGAACUGCUUCCUCUUUUCAGCUAUCUGUGGGGACUUUGUUUAUUCCAGAGAGAAUUCUUACUCCAAUCUUUCGUACCAGGAGAUUUUCUUACCUUCAUUUGCUUUUAUGCUGCAGAAGUAAAGAAGUCUCACGUUGUGAGUUUUUUCUCCCCCCACCCCAUUUAAAAAAUUAAAAGGUAGGAAGAAAAUAAUUUUCCUUUUAAAAUCAGGCCAAACCCCAAGACAACUGCAUUUUCAACAAAGAAGCAACAAAAGAGCAAAAUAAAGGAACUGCAAUGCUCUAGGUUCUGCAUUGACAGCCAACUCCCAGGGUAAGCUUUUCUGUGACAAUUCAGGUUUACAAAAUGCUUAUGGGGAGAAAGCUU